AUGGCUUUGGAAACAAUUGAGCAACGUUUUCCGGCUAAGGAAUGGAUGCAUGUAUACACGGAUGGCUCUCUGACCGUUAGGAUCCAGAGGGCUGGAGUUGGAGUUUUUAUCAAGCUUUACAUUUUCUAUAUACCUGUAGGGGCUUACUCCACGCACUUUGAUGGAGAACUGAAAGCCAUUCAUGUGACUCUCCAACAAUUAUCAUUGAGACAGAGCUCGUUCAGGAGGGUGGUUGUACUGUCUGAUUCGAUUUCAUCAAUACAGGCCAUCGCCUCUUACCAAGAGUGGGAGAACAUAUGCGUUCAACAGUGUCAGGAAGUCAUAAAAGAACUUUCCCACAAGAUAUCUUUUCAAUGGAUACCUUCACACUGCGGUAUUUAUGGGAAUGAGAUGCUUGCGAAUAAAAGACGCUACGGUUCUCCAAAAGCCAAAAACGAGUGCAAGCCUCCAUUCUAUUAA